AUGCAUCCGGUUUGUUCGAGUAUUUUUAUUAAACCAGAAUGGAUCAAAGGAUUAUAUUUUUCAAAUGCAAGUCAAUAUGGAGUAUGGGAUUUUCGAACAACAGCACAUUCACAAUUUGAACUUUUAUCAAGUUUUUGUUCAUUUUCAAAAGAAAUUAUUUCUCUAAUUGAGAUUGAUAUUGACAAUAAUGAACUUGUUACUCUUUAUCUUCUUCCUCAAGAACAAAUUCAAAUUCAAAUAGAUGGAACAAUUGAUUUACUAAAGAAAAGUGCACCGUCCGAAAUGAUAACAUAUUUAGAUUAUUUAAGAAACACAGCUCGAACAAAUUAUUUAGUUUCAGCUCUCAAUACAAAUUUAAUAAUUAAGACACAACGGUCGGUGAAUGAAUCUAUUCGUACACGUGCAUAUCAAGUAACGUACUCUUUUGGUUUGAAUAACAGCACACAAUGUAGUACAAAGAAAAUAGUAGCUGAUGCUACUCUCAGUCAAGUGAUCUACGAAUUAAUCGACGCCGAGAGUAGAAGCUUAAUGAAUCGGAGGCCAAAUUCUAUAAUUGUUAAUGGGUUCUUUACAGGAUGUACUCCUUUUGAAGCACUUCUUGAAAGUACAAUAGAUUGUUUAUAUCAAACAGAAUGUCUUCAAUUAUUAGUGGAUUAUUUUCCAGUUCGUCAACAAAUAAAUUUCCAUGCAAAUAAUUCAGUUUUAACUUCAAAGCAUGAAAAUAAAUCUGUUAAUGAAUAUUUAAAUAAUCUUUUCAUUAUGAAUUGGUCAACGAAAAUUAAUUAUACAAAAUAUUUUCAUCAAUGUUCUCCAUCAAACUGUACAUAUUCAAAAAAAGAUCAAACAGAAUUAUCUCAUGGAAUAACUCUUUUCAUUAGUCUUUAUGGUGGUCUUAUUGUUAUACUUCGUCUUAUUGCAUCAUGGUCUAUUGAUAUUCUAUCGAAAAUCAAAUGUUGUUCAAGAGAGAGAAACCCAAAUUCAGAUCAAAAUGGAAAGUUAUUGAAAUUUAUUGAAUCAGUAAAACGAUUAAACUUAUUUAAGAAUGUUAAUGAUCGAACAGAAAAUAGUAUCAAACAACAAAAGACUAUCACAUGUGUUUAUUUGAUUUUAUUAACUGGUUCAAUCUGUAUUCUUUGUUUAUUCACAUCAUUGAGUAGUGAAACUCUGACAAAAAUUGAAAAAAAACCAUCGUUAACAACUUAUAAGUCUUUACGAGGCUUACAUCACGCUUCACUCCAAUGUCCAUGUUUUAAUAAAGCCAUAUCUCAUCAAAAAUUCGUCUCAUUGUCUCCACAUUAUCAUCAAAUAUGUGCGAGUGGUUUUGUUGAUAAUGAAUGGAUUGAAAUAUUAAGAGGUAGUGGAUAUGAUGCUAUUUCUAAGGAUUGGCGUUUUCGUGUAUCCCCACUGUUUCAAUUGUUAUCUGAUUUUUGUCAAUUAGCUAAUAAGACAAUCAAUGAUGCUGUGAAACGAUAUCUUUCUCAAUUAUUUAUUGUUUCUUUUGUAAUGAACGAAGACGAUUUCAACAAACAAUUAAAUAGCAGUCUCAAUCAAUUUUAUCAAUUAACAGGUCAUAAUUUUGAUUUGAUGACAAAUGCCUUACGACUUCUUAUGCAGACUGAUCAGUUGUACACAGGACCAAUCCGAAAUACUAUGGAUAACUUGAACACCAAUCUAAUCGAAAAUGUUGUACAACAUAAAACAAAUGAAACUCAACUAGUAAAGCUGAAAUUUAUUUUAAACCAAAUCGAAGAAAUCAAUUCAUCAAUGAUCACAUGUGUUUGUGCAACUGAUCCUUAUUGUAAAGUUCCGACUGUUAUUUACGAUCUUUAUUAUAAACAAGAGGCUAAUAAUAAUAGUUUAAUCUAUAGUGUAUCAGGUUGGGUUCAAGGAUGUCUUGCUAUGGAUUCUCUUCUUCUUUCAACACUCCAAUGUUUAUAUGUUGAUUCAGAUUGUUUUCCAUUAUUAUUGAGAUAUACUGACAAGAAUUGGUUUAAUAGACAACCAUCGCUUAUAAUUCAUCCAAUGGUUUAUAAUCCAGCAACGAGCCGUUUUCCUCCAAAUACAACUGUUUCAAUGAUGUUUAGGGAAAUUAUGAUCGAACAAUGGAAUCCAUCUUUAUCGCACAAAUCAUUUUAUGAAUCAUGUGCACCGAUUUAUUGUACUUAUUCAAAAAAAAUUCGUACAAAAAGUUUUGUUGGAGUGAUAAUAGAAUUGAUAGCAACGAUUGGUGGUAUUGUGGCUUUAUUACGGAUUGUGACACCUUAUCUAAUUAAAUUUAUUCUUCAAUUACCAACAAUAUGUAAGAAAAAGGAACAACAUCAACCAAGAGAACGAGUUCAUCGUAGUUGUGUCGAUCGAAUAAGAAUCAUGAUACGAAAUCUGAUUAAGCUUUUGUCAACAACUUUAAUUGAAUUAAAUAUAUUUUCAACACGUGAUUUUGGAAGUAAUACUGAUCAAAUAACAGCUAAACGUUAUGGUCGAUGGGCAACUCGUCUUUAUAUUGUUUUAUUUCUUAGUUGUCUGGUUAUUCUUAUCUUUUAUACAACUAUUCGACCACAUAAUUUAACAAAGACAUUUGAUCAACCAUCAUUUAUGCGUUAUACACAUUUGAAAAAAACUUAUGGAAAUAAAUUAAAAUGUUCAUGCUCAAAAAUAGCAUCAACAUAUGAUCGAUUUGUUGAAAUUAAACCAGAAUUUCAUUCGAUUUGUUCAAGUGAAUUCGUUUCCGAACAAUGGCGAGUCGGUAUAACAAAUGGUCUUGUUUCUAAUUUAUCUAUUUAUUCACAAAAAGAUUAUCGUCGAUUUAUUUCUGCUCAUACACAAUAUCUUCAAGGAUUAUGUCGACUUUCUCAACAAUCAGUCAAUAAUGCUAUUAAUGAAUCUCUAACAUCAUUACUAGUCACUAUUGAACUUCUCUCUGAACAAAAUUUUUAUAACCAUCUGAAUAACUCAAUUGAUCAAAGCAAAUCAAAUGCUCCUAUUCUAUUCUCUCGUCUUCUCUUCAUCACUCGAACUGUUAAUCAUGGAAAUGCUUUCAUAUCAACAUAUGGCUCAAAUUUCGAAUAUAUUUCUUUGGUGACUAAAAAUGGCGGUGGUUAUGCAUAUACUGAAGGUAUGAUUUAUGAUAAUGAAUGCUCAUGUGGAAUGUAUUCAAAUUGUACAACUCAAGCAACUUUUGUCAACGAAAAUACUUCAAAAAUAAUACCAGUGAAAGGAUUAAAAAUAGGAUGUACACCAAGUGAAUCAUUUCGCUUAUCAACUCUUGAAUGUUUUUAUGAUCAAUCAUGUCUUAAUCUUAUUGAAAAUUAUACAAAUUAUCAUAAUUCUUCAACUCCUCUUUCAAUAAUGUCCAGUCGUUUUCCAGAGAAUGCAACAAUUGAUGAAUUGAUUAAAAAUUUAUUCAAUGAACGAUGGUUCAAUCAAUCCAACUAUUCAUCUUAUUAUGAACAGUGUUCUCCUUUAUUAUGUUCAUACACUGAUAUUGAAAGAUUUAAUAUAUUGUACACGAUUACUCUUUUUCUUGGUCUUCAAGGUGGUUUAGCAAUAGUUCUCAAAUGGAUUUGUCCAAAACUAGUUCGAAUUGUAUCAAUAGUCAAUCGUUAUCGAAAAAGACAAAGAACAUCAAUUCAUCCUGACAAUUCUCUUGAAAUAUCAUCUAAUAGUUCUGUUAUUCAUAACACAACUUUAAAUGUUGAAAUUACAAGAACCGAUAAUAUAACAUCUGAAGGAAUUAUUAUUCCACCAAUUCGGCGUUAUUCUAAUAUAAUUUCGAUAAUUGUAUUACUAAUAGUUUUGAUCGUCGGUAUUAUCAUUUUUUCGAUUUAUUAUACUAAACAUGUUUCGACAACGGAUGCAAAAGUGGAUGAUAGUUUGAAUACAACAGCAAGUACAACGAUAUUAACAUCUUCGACUACACCAGAACCAUUUUGUCAAUUGAAAUUUGAACUAAUAUCAAUCAAAAUGUCUUGUAUUGGAAAUAUUUUAAGCGGUGCUGCAGAUUUUAAUAAUGAUAAUCAAGUUGAUCUGAUAUACAUUUGUGACUUUAAUUCCACUCAGAACAUGGCUUUAUUAUUUGCCAAUGGUAAUGGAACAUUUCAAGAACCACUUAUCUCAUAUGGUAGUUUUAAUGGAUUACAACAUGUUCUUGUUGCUGAUAUUAACAAUGACAAUCGAUCUGAUCUAAUUUUUAUGCACAGGAGCGAAAGCAAUUAUGUUUUUACUAUUUUACUUGAGAAUGGUAAUGGAAUAUUUCAAACACAAAACAUGUUGCCUCAGUUAAUGCGUGAAGAGCCACGACAAAUAAGUGUGAUUGAUCUCAACAAUGACAAGAAAGUAGAUAUCGUUAUGAUUCUUAAAGAUGAUUGUAAUGUUUAUGUGAUGUUUGGAAAUGGAAACGCAAAAUUUUCACCAGAACCUAUCUUAUCUGUAGGGGUAAAGUGUAGUCUUAAUGAAUUUGUUGUUGGUGAUGUUAAUAAUGAUAGCUAUUUCGAUAUUGUUGUGUAUGAUCACAGAUCUUUACAUAUUUAUGUAUUUUUUGGACAGGCUAAUGAAACAUUUGAAUCAGUGAAAUGGUUUUUUACUACAGUUGAUGCUCAAAUAUCUAAAAUAGUUAUUGGUGAUUUUGAUAAUGAUGAUCAAUCUGAUAUUGGUUUUAUUUACAUUUGGAAGGAUCUUGUUUAUAUGAUAUAUCAAUAUAACAAUAAUAGUUUCAGUGUCCACGAAAAAACUAUUAUAAAAUCUACUCAAGGCUUGACUUCAGCUGUUGUAGGUGAUAUUAAUGGUGAUAAUCAUUUAGAUAUCAUUAUUAAUUUGACUUACCCAUGUAGAAUCUAUGCAUUACUUGGAUAUGGAAAUGGAAAGUUUUCUAUACAAACCAUUCAUUCAAACGAAUCACAAUCUAAUUGCAAAUGGAUUACUUUUACCGAUUUCAAUAAUGAUAAUUAUCAAGAUAUAAUUACCAUGGGCAUUGACGCUCAAGUCAUAAAUAUUUUCUUAAACAAGCGUCAAUGUUUAGCAACCUAA